CAUGCAGUAUGGAUCCAUCAAUGAUACAUACCAUUAGUUAACCAUUAACAUUAAAUAUUUGAAGAUUCCUCUCUCCUAAUCAACCGACGGCAAACUCUUAGGCUACCUAGGUAGGGUGAGAGCGCAAAUAGUACAUACCAACUUGUUCCUCCACCUCAUCUAUUGUACAAUGCAUCUGAAUCGGUGACCCUUUUCACCAAUGGAUCUAAUGCGCAACGACGUGAUCGAGCAGCAGCACCACCAUCAUACACCAUGUUCUCCACCAUUACAACCGCCCCGGCCAAGCAGUCCGUCAGCGAGACAAUAACCAUUCUCAGUGGUCGUCUUAGCUCGGCUACCCUCCUCGAAGACCGGCGCGCCGCCAUUCUGGGUCUGAGAAGCUUUGCUAAGGAAUAUCCUGCUUCGGUUGCUUCAGGUGCCUUGAGAAGCCUUAUAGGUAGUCUGUCCAAAGAUGGUGAGGAUGUUGACACUGUAAAGGUCGUUCUCGAGACCUUGCUCAUGCUCUUCAACCCCAACCAGGAUAGUCCUGAGGCUUCCGAGGAGAUUGCUCUUUGGUUGGCUGACGAGUUUACUCAGCGACAAGAGAAUAUAACUUUACUCCUAGACUUUCUCGAAACCAAUGACUUCUAUUCCCGACUAUAUUCCUUGCAACUUCUCCUCGCCAUUCUUUCUGCACGCACCGAACGAACCGAGAUAUGUGUUUUCACUGCGCCGCUAGGUAUUUCUAGGCUGGUUGCUGCACUUGACGAUCGAAGAGACGCAGUUCGUAACGAGGCACUAACUCUUCUCACUUACCUCACUCCCUCGUCCCCCGAUAUCCAAAAACUUGUCGCAUUCUCAAACGUAUUUGGACGGGUCUUUACUAUAAUAGAAGCGGAAGGGUCGCUAUCCGAGGGUGACAGAAUCGUUGAGGACAGCCUAAUACUUCUUGCAAACCUCUUGCGCUUGAACCCUUCCAAUCAGUCUCUGUUCCGUGAAGAGGGCUAUAUUCCGCAGUUGGCCAAGCUUCUGGAGACUACAUAUCAAACUGGAAAAGAUGGAGAGGAGGUUGCCCAAUGGGCGCAGGAGCAGCGUAAUAGGAAUAUCUAUGCUUUACUCGCCGUGAUCCGAUUGUUUCUGGUCUCUGGUGCUGUCGGUACUGCGCAGAAUCAAGCCGCUUUUUGGCAGCAUGGUGUCCUUUACCACGCUCUACAGCUGGCUUUCAGUCACCAUGCGGAGAUGUCCCUCCGAGCAGAGGCUCUGACGACUUGCGCCGAUAUCAUCAGAGGGAAUUCGAAGCUGCAAGAGACAUUUGCACAGCUGCAAGUCCCUUCGGUACUGGAAACAGCUCCGCCUUCAACUAAUGGACAGGCGGGAAAAUCUAACGGCGUUCCAGCCGUCUUCGUAAUCGAUGGCUUAUUAGACCUGGCCCUGAGCGUGUCAUCGGGUCAAGCCUUUGACCUACGACUAGCUGCAUGCCAGUGCAUCAAGGCAUAUUUCUUCAAUCAUCCAGAGGUCCGCCUCCAUUUCUUAAGGCGAGCAAUUGACGGGCACGCAUCCGGUGUAGACGAAACUGCCAAUGUGUUGACCACUUUGCUCCGACCAUCCAACGACUCGUCCUCAAUAGACCCCUACCGACAUUGGUUUGCCGCUGUUAUUACUUUCCACCUCGUUUUCGAGAAUGCCGAAGCGAAGGCCCUCGCCAUGUCCGUCACGGAAGGCGAUGCGGACAGCGGGGAAGAAGUUGUGACAAGCAUUCAGACGAUCUCCGCCCAUCUUGUUAGUGGGUUAGCUAGAGGGGAUGGCGAUCGGAUCGCGGUGGGCUACCUGAUGUUGUUAAUAGGGUGGCUUUUUGAGGAUCUUGAUGGAGCCAACGAUUUCCUAGGCGAGGGCAGUAAUAUCCAGGCCCUCGCGCAAGAAGUGAUACGGCCCAACCCAAGUAGCAGCAUUGCCCAGGGGUUAUGCGCAAUGUUAUUAGGGGUUGUCUACGAGUUCUCAACUAAGGAUUCUCCAAUUCCUCGCUCGACCUUGCAUUCCGUUCUCAUGUCUCGAAUGGGCCGAGAAAAGUAUAUUGACACUUUAAAUAAGCUACGAAGUCAUCCUUUCUUGAGGGACUUUGAGGUUAUCCCGCAAAAGUCUGACAACUCGGGCAAUAUGCCAGAGGUUUAUUUUGAUGCGACUUUUGUGGAUUUCUUUAAAGAUAACUAUAGCCGCAUGAUAAGAGCCAUCGACCGUGAUCCUGGCAUGGAGAUAUCGGUCGUGACUAAUGGCAUCCAAAAGGGCAUAUCCCGUGAAAUGGUAGACUCUUUACGUGGCCAAGUCGAUGAAAAGGAGCGAGCAUUACAAGCAGCACUCGUAAACAUGGCCUCUCUCGAUGGGAAGCUUGGCCAAGAACAAGCAGAUCAUCGUCGGACCAAGGAAGCUUCCGCUGCCGAAUUAGCACGAAUAAAGAGUGUUAAUGAGGCCAUCCAGCUGCACCAUAACGAGGAUAUCCAGAAAAUUAAGGCAGGGCAUCGGCUUAUGGAGGAAGCCCAUAAAAAGCAACUAGAUACUAUUCGAAGAGAGGCAGCAAGUACGGCAGAAGCUAUCAACGCCGAUUACAUUAAAAAGGAAGCUGAACUGCAAAGACAACUCGAGUAUGUUCGCAAAACGGCCGAGGCCGAGACAGCACGUAUUCAACGACGGUCGGAAGCGGAAAUGGCAGACCUUCGUGCCACAAUCAGCCGACUGGAAGUUGACAUCAUGAAAGCGAACAAAGCUAAGGGCGAAGAACUCCAUGCUGCCCAAGAAGAUUUUGCUACUAGGCUUUCGGCCGAGCAGUCAAAGGCACAGAUGGCUGCAGAGCGGUAUGGGAAACUUGAGAAGCAACUGUCACAAAAAGACGAAGAGUUGAAAAAGUCUCGCGCACAGUUGGAAGAAAGGGAAGAGCAAAGAGUUGCCACCCAAGCCGAACUUGAUGACCUUUUAAUGGUCUUUGGCGACCUAGAAGAGAAGGUGGAGAAAUAUAAGAAACGACUUGUCGAAUUGGGCGAGACCGUGUCUGAUGGCGAAGACAACGAAGAUGAGGAUGACGAGGAAGAAGGUGAAGACGAAGAAGAUGACGUGGACUAAAUGAAUAACUCCAAGUUCACGUCAUUAUUUAUUGUACAGAAGUUGGAAUAGAGCCUACCUAGUACCAAGGUAUUUAAGACAAUUCCAAGGUUACAUGUAGUUCCUGUUGAUUGCUAGAGCUGCCGGCGAUACCCCUGAUUUAUGGAUAUGGUAACAUUGAAGACGUGUACGCACAUAAGCCUUCAAGGUUAAGGGGGUGUAUACCUACAUAGCGCGUAAAAUCUUAUAACUACGUAGCACGUACUAAGAUAUGUACUUAUCCGAGCCGCUAUAGUUGCGUUUUUUUGAUACUUUAAUAUUUUGAAUUUUGAAUAUUUUGAUAUUUGCUAC